ACAGCGAUGAACAGCAGUUUCCUCUUCCUCACAAUAACAACAGCAGCUGGUAGCAGCUAAAGAUGGCCACCGCGACCAUGGCGGGGCCCGAUGGCCACAGGAUGGAGGAAAAGAAGUUCGAGUACUUCUCCUCCAUCAACUCCAUGGCUAAUAAAAUAAUGCAGGAGAGGGAGAAAAUCAAAGCCAAGCACGGUUCGUCCUGGGAGAAGAUGACGCCGCAGGAGCAGGACAGCGCCAUCGACAACUGGAUGAUGGAUCCCCAUAUCCGAGCCCGAUACGCUAUGCACAGAGUUGACCGUGAAGAAGUGGUCUGUUACCCUAAAUUGCUCAUUCAGACGGGUCAGAAGAUAGUACAUUUUGGAGAAGAGGAUAUAACCUGGCAAGACGAGCAUUCUGCCCCCUUCUCAUGGGAAACCAAGAGUCAGCUGGAGUUCAGCUUGACAUCAGGCUCUGCAGAGCAGGGGAUUUCUGCCUUGCAGGCAGAUUCAAAGUCUGCAAAGGCUCCUCAUUCCAGCCAGCUUGGAACCAAGGUGUCUGUCAGCGAGGGCCGCAGGCCAGAGGAAGAGUCGUCUUUCUGGAAGAUCAGCGCUGAGAGGUCCAGGCUGGAGGGGGAGCAAGCUGACUUCCAGUCCUUGACCCCCAGCCAGAUCAAAUCCCUUGAGAAAGGAGAGAAACCCCUCCCCUCCUACCUCCGACAGGAGACCUCUGUCACCUCCAAGGAGCCUGAGGCAGCAGAGUCCCACCCUCCAGCUCCUACCAGGUCCACAAAGCAGAGAGCACCCAAGCCUCCUGCUCCCCAGCCCCCCGUCCCCACUGCUGUUAGCGCAACGCCGGCGUCCAUCUCCAUCUCGCCAAACCCCGCCCCGCCUGUCAGCGUGUCCUCGACGGUUGCGGGAUGGGAGCGAUCUCAGAGCACCUUGCCGUCGGUCAGCAACACCCUGGACGAAAUGUUCUCCUCCAGCCUGAUGUCAAAGCCCUCCAACAUCUCCACCAGUGUGGAGAAGGAGAAAGAGGAGGAGGCCUCACCAAAAUUGGACGCCAGCCCCACCUUUUCCCAGUUCAACACAAGCAGCAGCAUCCUGAAGACUGGAUUUGACUUCUUAGACAACUGGUAAACCACAACGGAGACCAGUCACCGCUCUGAAUGAAUCAUCAUCAUCAUCACCCUAAAGAAGGACCACACUGCCAUGACUACAGACAUCCACAUCUAGAUUUAAGAAACACCAGUCUCUUUAAAAUGACCACAUUAUGUUCUUGUAAUUAUCUUCAGUGGCUUGUUAAGACAUUAUCUCACCGCCCGUGUGCUGGUGUGUUUUUUCCCCCCUGCUAGAAGAGCUCCCUGUCCUCUCCGACAAGGGUUGAAUCUUCUUAAAUGUCUUGCCAAACAUCCCCUGAACACAUAAAUGUAGAGUAAGCAGGGAUUGAACCACACAGAAUGUGCACACUGUCCCUCACUGUGCAUUCACACUGCGAUCAACUUGGUUGAAGGGUGGGGAAUUAGGAAACUAUGAUCUCAGUUAUACUUCAUGCAUGGGAACACCAGAUAGCCAUCAAGUAUCUAAAAAGUGUAAAUGCAGUCAUAGUCAUCAGAGACUUGAGUGAAUGUUAAAUUCUAUCCAGAUAUUGAUAAAGUGUAAAUGUUAUUCUUCCUCUGGCCUUUUAUAAAAGCUUCAGGUUCAUUAAACCACCUUUUGGACUGGAGUGAGGCUGAACCCUGGAAGAACUGAGACAUGACACAAAUUCAAGUGUGUUAAUUUGUAUCUGUCUAGAUAUGGGACAUUUAAAGUGACAAGUGUAUAUGGAGUCUGUGCUGCUAACUUGCUUGUCCCUCUCUUUCAUUACGUACAUUGAUUUAUUAACAUGUCUGUCUAGCUAGCCACAAUAAUAAAGAACAAAAAAACAGGAUACCCUAAAUAACACUACUUCAAACCCAACCGCUAAUCCCAGCUAUGGCUGCUACUGUUCCCCAAGGACAGUUGUGCCAUCUUUGUACAUUGUCGUCUUUCAAAUUAAAGACAAACCGCUAACUCGUUUUACAUUUACUAUUAAUAUCUAUGGUAGAUGAAAACACAUUCUAACUGUCAGGGGAAUAAAAUAUUGUGGAAAUCCAGUGGCUUUUAUUAGCUAAUCCCAGCAAACAGUUGAGUGGUAUCCACAUUUUUUCAUAUUUAAAGAACAUUAACCACUGGCUACACAUCCCUUGUAUCUCUGGUGACCUGUUGAUCACGUUGCUCACAGUGUGAAUGCACAGUAUCGGUGUGACUUAGCUGCCUUGUCAUUUUUAGACGCUUAAUCUAGGAAGCAAGAACAAUUUUAUACCACGAGCAUGUAAGAUUUUCAUCUGUGCAAACACUACAAACUACUUAUUUUUUGUUAUGAAGAUUUUGCUCUCUGAUGUGCUUUUAUUUAUACCUAUAUAUUCCUAUAAACCUAUGAGUUUUAGAGUUAAAGUAGUGCUCAGUGCUGCAGUCCCGGUCCACAAUGUGCAAUGACCAGAGAUAAUGUUCCUACUGGUUUUGGAAUUCCUGGAAUAUCAUGGAAGCUUGUUUGGAUGGAGAAAAUCAUGGAAUUGUACCCAUUACAUCACUUUAUGGGGAUAUUAAGGAAUCUAUUUCCAGCUUCAUUGAAUUAGAAGAUGGUUUUCAUCCUAACUGAAGUGGAAACCAGACUGUUGCUCUCUUUGGCAUUAAGAAAAUAGAAACAGGAGGGAAGAAUAGCCAUGGAAGUGCUCGAACUUAGUCAUGGAAAAUUCACGGACGGCGUGUCCGGGCUGCCGUGGGAACCUGUUACAGAUGUCCUGUAUGGUUUUUAGCUCCUUGACAACACUUCCUCACCACCUCACUCACCCCUCCCAACUUUCACCCUUGACCUCAAACUAGUGCUGAGCAAAGCUAGUGUGUAUUGAUAAAACGCACUCGUGUUUUAGGUAAAUGGGCAGGCAAUGUAGUGAUUUGUAACACUUGUGUCACAGAGUUUACAUGACUAGAGUACUAUUUUACUGAAUUUUAUAUUUAUCCGCUGAUUGUAUCUUCUGCUAUACAUGUAUAUUGCACUCAUGCAUUUUGAGGUCACAGAUUGGAAGGAAAUAAAUAAAUGAAAGUCAAACCUG